UGAAGCCAUAAAUUGCCAACACUACCAAGAUGACAUUAGCAUUGUCCCAAUUCCCCCCUCUAAAGUAUAUGCAAAACUCGGUGGGAACCGAAGACAUGGCGUAGUGCUGAGUUCAUAAAGACAACAACAAACACUUCACCAAAUAAUAUUCAGCUCCCACUUCCUAGUUCCUAUCCCCUUGUACUCAAUCAAUCACCUCUUUCCUCUUUCUUUGUCCUUAUUAUUUAAGGCCAAUAACUUCUCCCUCUACCUCAAAAAAAUAUUCUCUAAUUACUAUGACCUUCAUAAGGGAGGAAUAUGAUCAAGUUGAUGAUCAUGGAUCACAAAACAAUGCCAACAACAACACUGAAAUUGUGACCACCCCAGAAGGGGAAAACAUGGGAGAAUGGCUUAGUCUAGGCCUCACAGGAGACAUCAACAUGCCUGUAGAAGCAGCAGCAGAACAAAACUUAUCAUCAAGGCCUCUCCACAACAAGGAAUUCUCAUGCAACUUCUGCAUGAGAAAGUUUUACAGCUCACAAGCCUUAGGGGGUCACCAGAAUGCACACAAGAGGGAGAGAGAAGCUGCUAGAAGCUACCACCAAUCUCAUCAUCACAGAAUGGGGCUUGCUUACACUUCUCUGGCAUCUAGGUCACUGGGAAUUCAGCCUCACUCUCUUGUGCACAAACCUAACAGAGAAAGGUCUGCUAUGGUGGCUAGAUUCAGUAGUAAUGAUGCCAAUAAUGGGGUUGGAAUUGGAUCAGUGGCAUCAUCAUGGACACCCUUUAUGCUUGAACAAGCUGUGGAUUUGUAUUGGCCAGGUAGCUUUCGGGUGGACUUGCCAAAGCAAGAAUCAUCAGAUGUUAAGAAGAUUGACUUAGAUCUUCGGCUCUGAUAGAUUAAUUUGGUCCAAUUCAACUUCUAUGAUCAGAGUCCUGAUUUACACCACUACUACUGCUUUUUCUUAAUGCUUUGCCCUAUGCUAAAUAUGAUGCUACUUGUGCUAAUAAGAUGUCAAGGAUAUUGUUGUAAUUCAGUAGUUGUACUUGUACUAAUUGGUUUGAGAAUGGAAACAAUUCCAUGUCCAUGUGUAUUACAAGUUUGCUA